UUAGCCCCCUCUUUGCCCUUCAAAAUUUUGUACUGCAGACAUCGACGAAGAAAAUGGCGACGGCGACGACGUCAUCAUCGUACCCGCCACCGCCGCCUUAUUACCGCCUUUACAAGGACUAUCUUCAAGAUCCGAGCUCUGCCCCCGAUCCUCCGCCCCCAGUCGACGGCGCUUACCCUCUCUUUGGCGCCACUUACACUACGGAUGUAGUGCUUCCGAGCUUGGAGGAUCAGGGAGUUCGCCAAUUGUACCCAAAAGGCCCUACUAUUGAUUUUAAGAAAGAGCUGAGGGCACUUAAUAGAGAGCUCCAGCUGCAUAUCUUGGAGCUUGCUGAUGUUCUAGUAGAGAGACCAUCACAAUAUGCACGAAGAGUUGAAGAGAUUUCUCUUAUUUUCAAGAACUUGCACCAUCUCCUCAAUUCGUUGCGACCUCACCAGGCUAGAGCGACACUCAUUCACAUACUUGAAAGCCAGAUUCAACGCCGCAAGGAAGCAGUGGAAGACAUAAAACGGAGGAGAGAAGAGGCACAGAAAUUGCUCAAGGAAUCGCUUCAAACUUUGGACGGAAAUGUAGACUGUUAAUUUGAGCAUUGAAUUUCUUAGACAGCCUCUAUCGUAGUUAAUACGUUCUUCUAUUGAAAUACUUGUGUGAUUGUAUCAAAUUUGAAGAAAUUAGUAUAGUAGAAUAUUAAACUGUGACUAGUCUCGGAUA